AUGAAGUAUGUCCUUGUUUCCGGCGGUGUUAUUUCCGGUGUUGGAAAGGGUAUUAUCGCAAGCAGUUGCGGUCUGCUCUUGAAGACUGCUGGUCUGUCCGUCUCGAGUAUCAAGAUCGAUCCCUACCUCAACCCGGAUGCUGGUCUUAUGAACCCUCUGGAGCACGGAGAAUGCUUCGUCUUGGAUGAUGGUGGUGAAGCCGAUUUGGAUCUUGGAAACUACGAACGAUACCUUGGUGUCACUCUUGGGAGGGAUAACAACAUCACAACCGGCAAGAUUUACCAACAUGUGAUUGAGAAGGAGCGUCGGGGUGAUUACCUCGGAAAGACGGUGCAAAUCGUGCCUCACCUCACCAACGAGAUCCAGAACUGGGUUGAGAGAGUGGCCAGAGUUCCGAUUGAUGACUCUGGACGGGAACCCGACGUCUGCAUUAUUGAGCUGGGUGGAACUGUCGGAGAUAUCGAGAGCGCACCCUUCGUCGAGGCCAUGAGCCAGCUGCAGCGUCGCGUUGGCAAGGCCAACUUCCUGCAAAUCCACGUCAGUUACGUCCCGUUGAUCGGCUCAGAACAAAAGACCAAGCCCACGCAACGAGCAAUCAGCGACGUCCGAAGCGGCGGUCUUCGGCCUGACCUGAUCGCCUGCCGCUGCGAGACGCCGCUGGAUGAAGUAACCAUCCGCAAGAUCGCCGGUACCUGCCAGGUGGAGCGCGAUCAGGUUGUCGGUGUCCACAAUGUGCCGAGCACCUACCAGGUUCCUAUCCUUCUCGAGAACCAAGGAUUUCUCAACACAGUCAAGGAUCUCCUUGAGAUUCGCACCGUGCACAUUGCACCCAAGUUCGUGGAAGAGGGAAAGAUCAUGUGGCAGAAGUGGCAGGGUCUGGCAAUGAGCCAAGACCAUGUCUUUGACACUGUGUCCAUUGUCCUGGUUGGAAAAUAUACCAGUCUGCACGAUUCUUACCUGAGUGUCACAAAGGCCCUGGAACAUGCGGCCAUGCACUGCCAAAAGAAGCUGAACCUGGUGUGGGUCGAGUCUACCCAUCUGGAAGAGGACCAUCAGUCGGCCAACCCUGCGGAGUACUACAAGGCUUGGCAUGCGGUUUCCACGGCCGACGGAAUUCUUGUUCCUGGCGGCUUUGGUCAACGUGGUACGGAAGGUAUGGUCAAGGCUGCUGAAUGGGCUCGUACCAAGGAUGUCCCCUACCUCGGAAUCUGUCUCGGAUUACAGGUCGCUGUGAUCGAGUAUGCCCGCAAUGUCUGCGAAAUGACCAAGGCAGACAGCACAGAGUUCACUGAAGAGUGCGAGCAGCCGGCCAUUAUUUACAUGCCGGAAAUCGACAAGACCAAGAUGGGUGGCACUAUGCGCCUCGGAAAGCGGCCUACACACUUCCAGCCGGGCACCGAGUGGUCCAAGUUCCGUAAGCUUUAUGGAGACAAGCAGGAGAUCUGGGAGCGCCACCGUCAUCGUUACGAGGUGAACCCAGAUCUGGUGGAGACUUUGGAAAAGGCCGGCCUCUCCUUUAUUGGAAAGGACGACUCUGGUAAGCGCAUGGAGGUCAUUGAACUCAAGGACCACCGGUGGUAUGUCGGGGUGCAGUUCCACCCAGAGUACCUGAGCCGAGUCAUCACGCCGAGCAAGAGUUUCCUUGGCUUCUUUGCUGCCGCCGCUGGUUGUCUCGAGGAGAUCACCGAGACUUUCCAGGGCGCGCAUGACCUGAGCCAUCUUGAGGUGCGACCCAAGGUGGAACCCAAAGAGGCUUCAGAAUAA